CUGCGAUGGUGGACCUUGCUAGCCCGUUUCUGCGGCUCCAGAAAGGAACCUCAGUGCUUCUUAAUGUAUUAAACAGAGCCGACACGAAUGGGUAUUCGGUCUAACCUAUCCUUUUCCAAAAAGAAAACGAGCACUUUUGCGGCAAUAAAAUAAAAAAGGAAAAAGACGACGUACUGUCGCGACUUCUGAAAGUUGAACCAAGUUCUACCUGCCCUGUGAUGGCGUACUUGCGAAAGAAGAGUUUUUAAAUUUCUUUUGGGACGCAAUUCUUACUGAGGAUGAACUAUGCGAAGUAUUUGACAGCAUCAACAUUCACAAAACAGGAACUUAGUUCUUUUGUUUGGCAACACCUGGGGGGGCUCUCAGGGCUGCUAGCCUCAUUAGAAGAUAUGAGUGCAGAGACCACCAAAGGGCUCCAUUAUGUCGAAAAGUCGUACGACCAGAGCAGCCUACAAAACCAGUUCGUCAUCAGGUUCCUUAUCAGAGAAGCCGCGUUUCAACUCUCCAAGCAGCUCAACGUACUCGAAGCAGCACAAAGGAAAUUCCAAGAGAACGGUAUCCCUCUCAUCGAUGGCAGUGAUGACGACGACGAUGUUGAACUCCCAGUGUCACAGCCACAGAAAUGCUUAAGUGUAUACAAAGCUUGUCAAAGUCUACGACACCCAGUUCGUGUUAGGAAGCAGGUUGUCACACAAACGUCUAUUGAUUUAGAAGGCUCAAGUCAAGAGUUGAACACGCAGAUCAAGAAGCUUGAAACAAUUGUGGAAAAACUAGCGAAUCAACCCCGACUGAAAAGGCCACAACAGCAGGAACUGGAUAUAACUGAGGAAAACUUGAUAUUCCUUGUGCAGCAAACCCUUCCUGUUGAUGAACAGCAACUAGAGUGCUACAAAAGCUCUCUGGAGCAUUACACAACGAAGACUGCGUCAUGCCUUGGGUGCCUUUUAAUCACAGUACGGUUAUACAAGGACAUCAGCACGUAUGCGGUCUACGAGAUUUGGGAGAGUGAGGACAUGUGGAACGCGCACUUGAGGUCUCCAACAUAUAAGGCACUGCAACACCAAAAUAUUGAAACUCUGCGUAAACCAGAGUUUCUGAACACAAUGGAAAUACCAGGAUCAUGGUGGGAGGUGGAAACAGAUCCCUGACCAUCGAGCACAUGUGAUUUUCCUCAAUUGGAAUUUAUGCCUCCUACAGCAUCAAUAAACCUGAUGGAUGUUGUUCUUUGAAUCA